GCAAUGGGUGGAUUAACGGAUACACGUCUGAGAGCUCCAAGGAGGAGGAGGAAGAGUUGCUUGCAGGAAUCGGCAGCAACAGGUCUGUAAGGAUGGCAUGGAAAUGAUGGUGACAUGCAGGCUUUUAAACGCCUGACCCCAUCUGUGAAGAGAUGAGGCACCUAGACGUGGGCUUACCAUGAGCAGCGUCCACUUCAACCACUCCCUUGCUGCCAUGAGUGGAAACGACAUAAUGGCGCACUCUCUGACUCUGGAGCAGAAGACGGCAUUUGCCUUCGUGGGGAUGCUGCUGGUGUUCUUGGGACUGCUGAUAAUACGCUGCUUCAGGAUCCUGCUGGACCCCUACAGCAGCAUGCCCUCCUCCAACUGGGCCGAUGGCAUCGAGGGGCUGGAGAAAGGGACGUUCGAGUACGCCCUCACCUAACGAUGGGACAAGAAUACACACAAAUUACGAGAAAAGAUGCCCAAGCCUGCACAACCACCGCGCCUGACAUCCCCAUUAAGACACCCCCAAGUGAGGAACCAAGCGCAAGCUGCAAAGCUGCGUGUGUGUGUGUUGUGUGAUGUGUGAAUUGCUAGGUGAGAGAGCCUUUACUGUAUGUGAGUAUAUGCGAACUGUGUGUGAGUCUGACUGGAUGUGAGGCAGAUGCUGUCACAUUGGGUGACCUUCUGCCAGAGGGCGUGUAUUUUAGCUCAUCAAUUGACACAGAGCUUGGCUGUAGCUCCCUUUAACCCACACCAACAAGCUGAAUGUCAGGAUGAGGUGGAUUUCUGUGGAACAGGGUGGGAGACUGAAGACUCAGGGACAAGAUGCCUCACACGAACUUUGAACAGAAGACAGCGCGGUUGCACUUCUGCACAAGCAGAACAGUUCUGCACAAGACUGCACCUGGAUGGAUACAGGGUAUUAUGUCAAUCUAGUGCUUUGAGAGCUACUCAAACCCAGCCUGUCGGAGAUCUAAAGGAAAGCAGCCACUUUUUGUUGGAUCGGUCCUUUUUCUGGUGUCUUGCUUCCUGACGCCCUGCAGGAAAUAAGCAAACUGUGACCUACAUUGUGGUAUUCCUGUUUCUAAAUAAUGCAAAAUGAGCUCAGAGAUUGUACCGCUCCUGCGUCAGAGCGAUGGUGAACUGGAAGUGGCCAAAGUUAUAUGGACUGACUGACUGACUGAUGAGCAUAAGACAAGAGACUUUUUUUUUCCUCUCACAGCACUAUUGUUCCAGAUCACUGGGAGGAACUCACUCAGCAGAGGUGUCAUAUAAAACAAGGAUGGGAUGUUUGUCAGCUCUACACUUGACCAUAUUUUCAGACCAUCCCAAAACUCCCCCUGCCCCAAUCUCUUCCUUCCACUCGGAGGAAGACAAAGCGGUCCAGAAAGCAGGCCGAGUUUGGACUGUUCCGUUGAUAAUUUUUACGGUCUACUGUUUCUCCUUAGUGCUGUGAAUCUGCCUUACUGUGACCUUCAAUGGGUUUAUGUGCCUUCAUCUAGAAACAUUAGAGCACCUGUUUGUGGGUGUGUGGGAGGGAGUGCGUGUGUCUGUGAGUGAGUGUCACAUCAUAAUGACA